AUGAUUUGUUUAUUUGUAGUAAAGUACGUGAAUGCUGCCCUGCGUUUCCAGUCAGGUAUGACCACUUACCAAGUGCGUGUGGAAACGUCAGCUCUGGCUCCGGUAAGUCUUCUGGCGGGCAAAGCAGGGGGUGAGACGGUGGAUAACCAGAUAACGCCGUCGCCAAUGGAAGAAGUUGAACCAGAGGGUGCAGAGAACGGUCUAACCAAAACAAAGCCUGCCUCUCCGAUCCCUGCAUGUCAUCCUGGUCACGGUGGCGUGAUACCCAUCACAGAAAUACGUAACCUACCUAUUGGACCCCUCAACUCUAAUACUGUGAAUCCUGAGGAGAAACGGCGUAUCAUCGGCGAUGUCUUCAUUCGUGUAGCUGAGGAGACGUGGGCGGAGUUGAAGUUGAAUCCAGAAGAAUUUCUCCUGUGUCAAGGUAGGCCCCAUGCACUGUCACAAGACUUCUGUUCUCUACUGUCCACUCCUUGUUUUACACCAUCCCUACACUUAUCUAAGCCCUUCACAGGCACGCUCAGACCGGAUUUGAUCGAAUCGGCAUCUCAGUCAGUAACCUCGAGAGCUGAAGUCAUAAAAACCCAUCACAACGUGACUGAUAUGGUCAAAAGACUAGCCGCUCAGCCACAUGCUCUUCUGAACAAGAUAAAUGCAGCUCUCAGUCCCGAAGAACAGCAAAGACUGGCUGACGUUACUAACGGCGAUAACCUGGUUGCCCAUCUGCUGCCGAUUCGCACUGUUGGCGUACAAGGUGACUGCCGAUCCUACAAUUACGCCUGUGUGCUAUCUUCAAACGCAGAUUCUCCCGACUGGGAUGCACUGUUCUUUAUGGCACAGACGAUACCACGGAUUUGUCACAACAUUAACAGGGUAGUAUACGCAUUCGGACAGAAAAUUCAACACCCCGUGAACGAUGUGACGGUGACCUUUUUACGUGAACCGGUCAUUGCAACCCUCCGUGAGGUAGAUGCUCGUGUAAACGCAGUGCUACACGAGUCCGGAAUGAUGAAGAAAAUCUCACAGAUGCCCGUGAUUCUGAUUCCUAUUCACUUUGAUCGUGACCCCGCUCAAAUGAUGGCUGCGUCUUCAAUCCUGCGUUCCGUUGUCCUGCGGCCCUUUGUCACCUCCGAUUUUAUGACUGGGUUGGCUGCCAAGCCCGGUGUGGAUUUACCCCUUGAUGUUGUACAGAAAAUGCAAGAUGAGGCGAGUAAGGUACCGGGCAUCUCUCGUGUCCUCUACGACAUGACUUCCAAGCCGCCUGCCACCACUGAGUGGGAGUAA